AUGACAUGCCUCUUAUGCAAGGAGCACGCCGGCACGUCAGAUUCCAUUAACAACUUUGUCACAGGGACGACCAACUUCCGGAUAGAGGCGAUAAAGUCUCACGAACGAUCUAAAUGUCACGAAAGGGCAGUUUCCAUAAAACAGGCUUCUGAAAGUACUGGACCUGCUGAAUCCCAGGCUGGCAGGACACUGCAAUCGCUCAAAGCUCACGAGAGAGACCGGUUGAGCAUUCUGUUUAGAAAUGCUCACGCGGUGGCAAAACACCAUUUCAGUUUUAAAACUUUCACUUUACUAUGUAAACUGGACACAGCGAAGGGGCUCGAUGUGGGGGUCAGUUACAUCAAUGACAAAAAGGCGGCUGAAUUCGUAAAGAGUAUUGCAGCAGUAGAAAAGAAAGAGACGAGCGACAUUUUCAAGUGUGCAAAUUUUGUAAGCAUAACAGCUGAUGGAACCUCCGACUUCACCGGGGAAGAAUACGAAUCUAUGUUCAUGAGGACAUGUCACCAAGGAAAAGUUGUGGAACGUUUUAUGGGAAUUGGGUCACCCGAGUCAGCUACAGGACAUGACAUUUUUACCUUUAUUGAUUCUACAUGUGAAAACUUUUCAAGUCCAGAAGAUCACUGGCCCAAAAUUUGUUGCUUCUGUGCAGAUGGUGCUUCUAACAUGCAAGGCCAAAGAAUUGGUGUGGCAUCUAUGGUGAAUUCUAAGAAUCCAGAGACCGUAAUCAUUCACUGCACAGCCCAUAGGCUAGAGCUUGCAUUUAAGGAUGCAGUGAAGAAAUCAAAACUGUAUGAAAAGUCCAUCACUUUAUUAAUGGGGCUAUACUAUUUUUAUAGAAAAAGCCCCAAACAAAAGCGUGAAUUGUUGAAGACCUUUGACACCCUGAGAAUGACCAGCAUUUUGCCUACUAGGGUGGGGGGCACCCGUUGGUUGCCCCACCUGUGCAAGGCAAUAGCAGCCUACUUGAAAGGGUACAGGGCAAUUAAAAUUCAACUGGAAAACAGUUCUCACACUGCCCCAAAGGCACAGGGGCUGGUAAAACUAAUGAAAAAUACUGCUGUCAUGGGUUUCAUCCUUGAUCUCAAGUUUAUCCUUGCUGUGUUGAUGAAACUGUCCUUGAAGAUGCAAGAGAGGGGGAUUUCCCUUGCAGACAGCUUCAGUUACCUAGAGGCUACAAAAGGUGUUCUCAUUCACAUGCAACCAAUGCCCAAUGAGGAAGUUCUUACAUUGCUGGCCACUAAGUCAUAUAUGGAUGAGUCAUUGACUGGAGACACAGGCUAUGGGUUUCAUGAGCCAAUGGUCAAGCAGCUCAUAAAUAGCCUUGAGAAUCGCUUUCCUAAGACCAACAUUGUUCAAGCCAGUGCCAUCUCAUCUUUUAGAAACUGGCCAGAAACCAACGAAGCAGAUUAUGGAGAUGAAAUGCUGAAGGAGAUUUACAGUGGAAUGUUGAAUACACUAGUAAAUGGUGGCUUUGACAGUGACUGUAGCUUGUCUGAGCUGUUAACAGAAUGGGUGUUUUUGAAGUCUUAUGUGUACAAUAGACAUGGAAGCAAUCUGAAAUCGCUCACAUGGACCAGUGUUCUACCACUUGUUGCUAGAGAAUACAAAAACAUUUCCCUUGUGAUGGACUUACUUCUGACCUUACCUCCAACAAGUGUCAACAAUGAAACAACUUUCUCAAGGUCUAAGCUUACCAAAAAUAAGAGAAGAGGCCACCUGCAAACUUCAAACCUGAAUGAUAUACUGGUGGUAGAAACCUGCAGUCCACCAGUAGAAGAAUUUGAUCCGAAGAAUUCCAUUGAUCACUGGAUGGUAACUCCUUCAGGACGGAGAAGAAGAGUCGGGUAUACAAGACCCAAACCCUUGUCAUCAGCAUCCACCAGCAGAGAGUGCGAUAUGAAUCCCAUUGAGACAGAGCCUGAAUCUCUGCCAUCCACCAGCAGAGAGUCUGACAGUGACUUGAUUUCCAUUGAGACAGAGCCUGAAACUCUGCCAUCCACUAGCAGAGAGCCUGGCUUGAUUUCCAUUGAGACAGAGCCUGAAUCUCUGCCAUCCAUCAGCAGAGAGUCUGAACCCCUGCUGUCCAAUAUGCCAAGAGUUGCAGAGAGUGAUGAAGAAGAGGGAGAAAUGGAAGAGGACCUGCCAGAUACUGCUGGAGACAGUUAUGACAGCGACUACUAUUCAGAAGAAGAAAUUACCGAAGCUGAAGUUAAUAAAAAUCUGGCAAUAUAUGCUGCAAAAUCCCAUGAACUUGAAUAA